GGCAGAGCUAAUUGGCUUCGACGCAGUGGGGCAGCCAUGGCGACGUGGGGCAGGGCAGCCAUGGCGUACAUCCGGGGCAGCCCUCAGGAGCCCCGGUCCUCGGAGGAGGCCUCGGAGGAGGAGGCCGAGUCCGACGAGGCCCUGGCGCGGCGCCUCCAGGCCGAGGAGCAGGGGCGACCAGUGGCGAGAUUUAAGCUGCUGGACCGCGUCGAGGCGCGGUACAAGGACCCGGAGCUCCGCGGCGGCACGUGGUCGCGGGAGUACUACGCCGCGACCGUCGUCGACGUGCUCCCGCCAAAGACCCAGAAGCGGCCGCACUCGUAUUUAAUAAAAUGGGACGACGGGUCCGAGGACCAGCUCGUGCUCGAGGACUACGUGCGCCCUUUGGUGCCCGAGGCGCCCGCCGCCGCGCCUCGGGACCGCGACGGGAAACGCGGGCUUGCGAACGGCCUGCGGACCGGGGCGCCGCCGCCGAAGAAGCGCGGGCGCCCGUCGAAGAAGGGCGGACGGCCUCCCAAGACCGCCACCGCGACGGAGGCGGCGCCGCCGCCGCCGUCCGACGAGGACGCCCCCUGGACGCCCGAGGAGGAACAGCACUUGCAAGAGCUCGUCGACGAGCACGGCGAGGGGGACUGGAGCUGGCCGACGAUCGCCGAAGAAUUGGGGACGGGCCGGGCCAAGGAGGCCGUCGAGGAGCAUUAUAACAGCAUGCUCGAGUGCCAGCGCAUCCCUGAUGACACGCCGCCACCCGGCGCCGAACAAGAGCAGAAGCUGCGCAUCAACGCCUCGGGCCGCAUCGCGACGCUCGUCCAGAAGAAGCAGCGCGGCUGGCUCGUCGUAAAGCUCGACGAGAACGAGGGCGAGGACGGCGCCCCGGGCGAGGAGCGGUCCAUCCGCACGAAUUUCGUGACCCUUCUGGACGCGGCGGGCAACGACGUCGUCCCCACCAAGAAGAAGCGCCGGCGGCCGACGGCCGCCCCUGGUGCAGCGCCGGCGCCGGCGCCGCGGAAGAGGCGGCCCAAGGACUUUGAAGAGGGCGACCGCGUGACCGUCCUAGAGUCCGCCGACAGCCACGGCGGGCGCUCUGGUGCGAUCGUCGAAAAGAACACAGCCUGGUGGAGAGUCAAGCUGGACGGCGACAACGAAGCCACCAGUAUCCGCAGAAAGGACCUCCGGGCCGCAACGACGCCCGCGCCGGGCGCGCCUGUGCCAGCGCCAGCGCCAGCUGCUGCCGCCCCACCGCCGGCGCCGCCGGCGCCG